AUGGAGGACUCACUUCAAGGCGCGACUGAGUCUGGUCAGCGUAAGAGCCCCAAGACUCUGUACGCGUUUCAAGUCCAUGACCACUCCAUGGCGUCCGCAACAUCGUCCACUGCGCUAGGUGGUAGCAAGGCCAAGCGACGACGAACAAGCCCGCGUGAUCAUGCCAUCCUCGAGGCUGCAUACCAAAAGAACUCAAAGCCCGACAAGACAGAAAGAGCACGUAUUGUUGAUCAGGUCGAGCUUGGGGAGAAAGAAGUUCAGAUCUGGUUCCAGAACCGUCGCCAGAACGACCGCCGUCGAUCUAAACCAUUGCAACCUCAUGAGCUCGCCGCUCAUUUGCGCAACAGUACCUCUAGUCCCGUUCCACCUCAAGUCAAAUCGUCACCCGGUUCAGCAGAUACCCCGGUAUCGCGUGUCAUCUCCAACUCGUCCCUUGCGCCAUGCGAGGUUAUUGAUCGACCUGCUUCAAGAACAUCGAGCAUUCGCGACCUUCUCAACCCAGCGACCUCGGGUGAUACCGCCAGCAGUCAAGAGACUCUCCAGCAGGGUACGCAAGGAACAUCUGGCCCAUCUACACCUCCAUCAAGUCUCGAAGAAAUUGCCAAACCCAUUGUUCAGGAAGCAACUCCUCCUAAGGCAGACGCACCUGCACCCGAAGGGACCGAGAAAGGCUCUGAGGUCGGCAGUGAGCAUGGCAGUGCUAGAAAGAGAGGUCACGACGAAAUGGUGGGAGAAAAUGGUUCAGCACUGGACGCAAUGGUGCAGGUCGAGAGUAACAAGGCGCCAGCGCGUGUCAAGGAGCCUCUUAAGCGCACAGCCAGUAUGGUCCGAUUGUCCAUGACUGUGGAUGGAGCUGUGAAGGUGCGAACCAACAAUGAGCCCACGCCGUCACCCGAAAAGCCACGUGCACCUCCUCCAGCGUCGAUGCAGAAUAAGGUCAAAACUCCAUUGGCUCGCAGCCAGAGUGCCAUGACUAGUAUCGAGGACUUCCAUGAUGCCGGACAGGGGACACAGUCUCGUCCUGUAGGGGCUGGCUUUGGUCGAUCGCGUGAUUCUAGAACCUGGGAGUUCUACUGCGACAGCAACACUAAGGAUGCUCUUUCGACUCAAGCAGAAGCUGAGACGGCGGGGUCUGCUGUUAGUGCCAUCAACCUCAUCCGAACAAACAGUUUCAAAUCCCGCUCGCAAGCACUCAGUCCAUCAAUGUCAAAGACCAACAGUCGACUCACUCCAACUUCGAAAGGCGGUAAGCCGAAAUUUGCUCGCGCAAAAUCGUCACUGGGUCGUUUGCAAGGAUGUGAUGGUACCGCAGAAAUGUUGAAGGGCAAAGUCAAGCGCCACGGCCAUGUCCGUUCUGACUCUGGGGAUUCGGACAAGGAAAAUUGGGCACCAGGCACGAGAAUGUCAGAAAACCCACUCCGCAGAACCAAGCCUAGCGCACGUCAGCGACCCAUCCUCCAAGAGAACGAGGAGAUGACAUUCCCCGAUGCUGGUUCUUCCCAGAAACUUGGUGGCGGCAAGGUCGACAGCAAAUCAUCCCCCACGAAAGAGAAGGCCAAAGGUGAAGAACUUGACUGUGUCCAGGGCCUGCUUUCACUCAGCCAAGGAGCUUGGAGAUGA